CGAUUUUAUGUCAUAUUUGAAAAUUGAUAAUACAAUUUUUUAUUAAAGAAGAUUCACAGGAUUUUUGUUGAUUCAAGUGUUUCAAGAAUUUAUUGCCAUGAGCCAUUCUAUGAGCAGUCCGAAGAACAUACAACUAGUAUUCGACACGUACCAGAAAGCUCGGCUUACAUUUGCCCAGGCCAUAGCAGACUUGGCCACGAGAUCCACUAACGUAAAGUGUCUUGACAGUGCUGGAGUACUCGAUUUGCUGCGCCCGCUGGUGUCAGACGCGUGCAGCACGGUGCGGCAAUGCGCGGUGGUGGCGGCCGCGCGGCUCGCUGAACACGACGAGGUUGUGGCCCGGCAGAUGCUUGACGGGGGCAUACUUACCACCACGUUGGAGAACCUACAUAAAUUUAAUGUAUACUACAAACGUUCAGCUUUAUACUUAAUUAGAGCAAUUGCAAAACAUAACGAAGAAUUAGCUUCUAUGAUAGUCCGACUUGGGACAUUAGAACAUAUCGUAGCAUGCAUGGAAGACUUCGAUACACAGGUUAAAGAGAAUGCGGCGUGGGCAUUGGGUUACAUCGGGAAGCACAGCGAGAUGCUCGCUGGUAAAGUGGUCGACGCCGGCACGCUACCGCUGCUCGUGCUGGCCUUCCAAGAACCCGAAAUAAGUCUUAAACAGAUCACAGCAGGCGCUCUGGUGGACUUGGCGAAGCACAAGCCCGAAGCCGUGGUGGACGCGGGAUCCAUCUGUCACCUGGUACGCGGUCUUGAUAACCAAGAUCCAAAAUUAAAGCGUAGCACGCUGUGCGCGCUGAGCGCGGUGGCGAGCGCGCGCGUGGAGCUGGCGGAGGCGGCGGUGGCGGGCGGCGCGCUGCCGCCGGCGCUGCUGCACGCCGCGCACCACGCCGCGCCCGUGCGCCGCGCCGCCGCCUGCCUGCUGCGCGACAUCGUGCGACACUCCAUCGAUUUGGCCCAGUUGGUGGUGAACACAGGCGGCUGCGGGCCGCUGGUGGAGCUGCUGUCGGAGAGCGGCGGCGGCGCGCGCGUGCCCGCCUGCAUGGCGCUCGGCUUCAUCGCGGGGCAGUCUGACCAACUCGCUAUGGCUGUUAUCGAAGCUAAGGCGAUUCCAGCUUUAGUGGAAAUUUUACAAAAUAAUGAGGCAGAGGAGGCUGAAGUGUGUGCGGCCGCGUGGACGCUGGGUCACAUCGCUAAACACUCCCCGCAACAUAGUCUAGCAGUUGCUGUGGCAAAUGCAUUCCCGAGAUUAUUGCAGCUCUAUACAAAUCCAAAGUCGUCAGGGGAGGUGCGUGCACGAGCUUUGUGUUGCCUAAAACAGGCACUGCAGUGCUGCCUGCACAGACCUGCACUGGAGCCUUUACUGCACGCCGCACCUGCUUGUGUUCUCAAAUAUGUACUCGCACAGUAUGCUAAGAUAUUACCAAAUGAUGCAAGAGCCCGAAGAUUAUUUGUGUCAACUGGGGCAUUGAAACGAAUACAGGAGAUCGAUACCGUUCCGGGCACAUCUCUUAAGGAGUAUAUAAAUAUUAUUAACAGUUGUUUCCCCGAAGAAAUCGUUAGGUAUUAUUCACCUGGUUAUUCUGAAACAUUGCUUGAUAGAGUAGAAGCAUAUACGCCACAGAUUCCCGAGUUAUUUACUGAUCGAGUGCCCAGUGAUUGUCAAAGUGAAUUAACAUUAGAAAAUUAACAAAAACGCGAUUUUUUAAAUAAAUUUUUACAGUGUU